AACACCUCAUAAGCAACUGUGAUACUUUAGCUUUCAAAUGACAGCGAGACACGAACACAAAAUAAAACGAAGAUCAGUGUAAGAAAGAAGCCACACGAAACAACAUUUCAUGUGAAUCAAAGGAGAGAAAGAUUAUACUCUGAACUCAAGUGACUCAGCUGAAGGUCCCUGGGAGCAGACCUAAUAAAUGAGACCUAAUGGAAAGCAAACAGAAAUUCCGAAAAGACCUCGAACAGACAUUGGGUCACUACAUCUCAGACACCCUUGUCUACAUUUACACACUGAAGCAAUUCUGUGACACAGCAGACAAAUGGUGCCUGCAGAGGGAAACAGAGGUGGACACAAUGACCGAAAUUAAGGACAGGGCAGACAACAUUGAUGCCAAGUUCGAAGAUGUCAAAAAAUCUAAAGAAAAGACCAAAGCUUUCAGGAAGUAUCUGUGGAGCAGCUUGACUGCAAUGUCUGCAGACGGCAAACGUCAGGAGCUGGAGAAGGAGCUGGGGGCUGUUCUGAAGGACACCCUGGAAGGGCUUGAGAAGCUGCAGCACUUCCUGGAAGCUGUGGAGAAGCUAGCGGUCACGUCGCUCUUCGUGUUUACAGACAGCCGCUACCUGCCCAAAGGGGUAAACGCUGCAGAUGUCCGUUCGGUGAUCUUUGCCGCAAGGGUGGCUGCUCCUCUUCUUGUCCAUUUCAAGAGGGAUGACGCCGCUUUCUUCCUCCCCAGCCUGAAUAACGUGGAAGUGCUGACCUUCCAUCUGGAGAAAUACAUACACAUCUCACAACAGCUCUGUGAACGGAUCAGGGAAAGAUUGAAGAACAAAUUCUACACAGGAGAUGGCAAUAGGAAGAGUAAUGAUGAAUUCCACCUUCCUGUGGGCACGAGUGAGGUGUCUCUCCAAAUGAUGCUUACUCAUGUGGACCAGUUAAACUACAUCAGGAGAAACCAGGACAUCAGGCUGACGUUCCUCUUCCACGAAACUGCUCUGACCUUCAUCGGCCUGUUCUGCCAACGCCGUGAUAGGAUGCGCCAGUUCCUCUGUGACCUGACGGGCAGCGCAGACCAGCUGGACAGGAUGAAGACGGGGGCCAGCAUCUCCAGUGUGGCGGGCAGCUCAGUGGGGGUGGCAGGUGGAGCCCUGUCCAUAGCAGGCCUGGCUCUGGCCCCGGUGACCGCCGGCGUGUCCCUCAUCCUCACCAUGACGGGGGUCGGCCUCGGGGUGGCCAGCGGCGUCAACAGCCUGGCCACCGGCAUCACCGGCAUGGUGGUCAACAACAAGCACAAUAAACAGGCCAACAGCAUCUUCCAGAGUUUCAUGGAGGACGUGCAGAGCAUUCUGGACUGCAUGGAGCACGUGGCCAGUCACACGGGGCCUAUCGUGCAGCCGGGGAAGGCCGAGGUCUUGUUGGGGACUGGUCGGGUCGUGGCUAAAGUGUUCGGGUUGGGAAAGGGCAUCGAUGCCCUGGUGGACGGUGCCUCUGCCUUGAAGGUGAUUGGCAGCAAAUCAACCAACUUCCAAAGCCUGGCGACGGACGCGUCCGACAUCGGACAGCUGGCCAAAGGGACACCGCUGGCCCUGUCCAGCUCCGCUCGCUCCGGGUUCAUGGCGCUCAACUCGCUCUUCAUCGGCCUGGACGUCUUCUUCAUCUACAAAGACGGCACUAGUCUGGCCAGGGGCAGUAGGAGCAAAGUGGCCCAGCUCAUUCGCUCCAGGACAGGUCUGUGGCGUUCAGAGCUGGACUCCUGGGAGAAGAUUCACGACUCCUUGUGCAGAGGGAUCUGGAGGUUCAGGAGGAGCUGGAGAAUCCUGCAGACACCAUUUUACCCCAAACAACUGAGCUGAAGAUAGGGAAAGAGAAGAGAGAAAUGACUCGGGGAUGGGGACAUGUGACACUGCAAAGCGAAACCAGUCGCUUUGGUAAAAUCUACAAAAUUAAGUUAUUGUGCUCACAUAAACGGCCAUAAACUAAGCUUUCCAACGUAUAUGUAUAUCAAAGGUAUUACAGAAACUAUCGCUAAGAUAACCACAUCCGAAGUUGAUAUGGUUCUCCCAUCACGAUAUGCCAGAAGAGGAGAAAUCACCUUUUUAAGCGGCAUGGACAACGGGAAUGACUGCUAAUGUGUUGAAUCUUCGCCUGGUUGAACAGUCAAAACGUAUGUUUUUCCAUGAAAUGAGUUCACAAUAUCAAACUGUAGCCUGUAUACUGUCGAAUUAUGCGAAAACGUGAAAUUCAACAUUUUAACCCGGAAGUUUGUUUAUUGUGGAUUUUCUCAAAAUAGUAUUGUGCGACAAGCGGCUGAUUUUGCUUUGCAGGGUCACAUUUGAGAAACUAAAUAUCUAAAGGUUUUCUAUUUACAAUCAUUGUAGAAUUAUCAUAUUUUUAGCUCACACUUCCUCUUCAUGCAACAUACCAGAGUAGCGCAGUAGCAGCUGUUGCCACCAGAGGGGGUAGUCCUCUUCUAGAAGGGGCCACACCUCUCACUGGGCACACUGAUCAGCUAUUCACCUGUGGCACAUUCCUGGGCAGUCACAUGCAGCUCACAGGCACAUGUUGAGUCAUGGCUCAGGCCUGUAUUUCAGUGAAUGACUGAAAACUAUGUUUACAUGUUUAUGCUCUUGUGAGAUUUCCUGUCUGUUCCGUCCGCUGGUGAAUUGUAGUUGUAAUACAAUUAUAAUAUAUAUUGUAAUAUACAGAUGUUGAUUGAUGUAUUAAGGAUAGUGUGUUAUUUACCCUCCAUUGAAGUGAACGCCAAUAACAAAUAUUCUGAACAAAGGGGUUGGCCAUUUUUUUUAUGUUUGUUUGUCUAUUAUGCAACCAGUCUUAAAACCACCAUAAACACCAUUUGAAAUGUACAGGUAAUAUAUACAGGUAAUACUGAUCCUAUCUGCCCUGUCCUUGAUGUCUUUCAUG